AUGGCAUCCCAAAAGGCAGAUACAGGGUUUCAUUUUACGCUGCGUUCAGUCUUGAGUCUCGACGACAAUGUCUGGGAUUUCCAGGUUCCGAGUCUCCCGUCGCCCUCUACUCUCAAGAAAGCCAAUCUCAUCAAGGCUAUCAGCCUUCAAACCGACCUCAAGGAAUGCAAGCACUCAAUGAUCCUCAAAGUUCAGCCCAACACGCCAAAUCGCGCCACAGCCGACCAUCCAACCGACCGAUUAAUGCUCUUCUCCAUCGAAGCCUUCAAACCACUCGUUUUCGGCGCCGCAGCCAAAGAGCAACAGCCAACGACAGAUUUACAGCCCCGCACUCGCCAAGAGGUUUCGGACUACAUCAUCAGAUGUCUCCGAGCUGGUAUCAUUUUGAACGGGGUACACUAUGAUUUCUAUGGUCACAGUAACACCCAACUCAAGUCGCGAUCAUGCUUUCUGAUGGCGGCGACGAAGGAGGAGAUCUCGAGGCGAAUCGAGGGUAUGGGCGAUUUCACCAGAAUGAAGACAGUGGGCAAGAAGGCCAAGCGAAUUGGUCUACUCUUCUCAUCUUCCAAGACGGCCAUGAUCAUCAAUCCCGACCGAUGUGAGAAUAUCCCAGAUGUUGAGACAGACGAGUACGUCUUCACCGAUGGCUGUGGCCUUAUAGCACCCAGUCUCGCACAUGAGUUGUCCCGACGAACAAAAAUCGUUUUUCGAGACAGUCGAUACACGCCUUCGGUCUUUCAACUUCGCUAUCGGGGUAGUCGAGCACUCCAAGGUAAACAGCCCAGUAGUCCAUCAGACCUCGCUGGCCGUUUAACAUCUCAGCCCUUCUCAUAUGGCUUCCUCAACGACGAAAGCAUCAUUCUUCUCCACGCAUUGGGCAUCUCUCAGGAAACUCUUCUCUUCAAGCAACGCAACCAUAUGCAGUUACUCAAGAACGCCAAGUCCGACUUCCUCGAUGCAUUCCGCUUCUUGAGCUACGUCAACAGACCCGAUCUCGCAGAGCGCGUGCUCCUCGAAGGGCAUGAGAGCGUAAAGCCUCAGAUCAAUCGUCAAGUCAAUGACGAACUGAAAAAAAUGUUGAACAAGCAGGGCGGGCAAAAAUGUCGCAUAUUCGUGCAAAAGGUCGAGGCUUCUGUUUGGUGGGAAUGUGCCGUCAAGGUGACGCUGGAAGAGAAUGGCCUACCCCAUGCUUUGAUGAACACUGAGAUAAUGGUCAUCAGAAACCCCUGUCUUCAUCCUGGUGAUUGGCAAAAGUUCAAGGUUGUUGAAAGGCCGGAACUCUCGCAUCUGGUCGACUGUAUCGUCUUUUCGACGCGAGGAAGAAGACCAGCCGCUGAUCUUAUGUCUGGCGGUGACCUAGACGGUGAUACAUUCUUUGUUUCCUGGGACCCCGACCUGAUCCCAUCAACAGUCUCAGCUCCAGCUCUAUACCCUGGGGGUCGAGAACCAAUCCAGUUCCGCCUUAUCACCGACGACGAUCGUCUUGUUUACUUUGCAAAGUACCAAAACUCUUCCCUUGGUCAAGUAAAGAACCUAUAUCUCGACUGGGCCUGUGUCGCCGGCCCCAUGAGCGCCCAGUGCCAGGAGCUCAACCGUCUCUUUUCGCAAUGUGUCAAACUGGCAUAUACCUGGUGUCUGAAAAACAACACGUCGUUCGAUAGCCUGAUGCAUCUUUUCGACUUCAACAUUCUCACAGCGGAUCAAAAAGCGUGGGUCCUCGCUCAUUUACCACCGUCUGCUACCGCGACAGGAUUGGUCCAGAAUGCUCUGUGCUCAUCGGGCAUACUUCUGCCAUCAGAGCUUCAACAAUUCCACUUGGACUACCCUGGGAUCAAGUGGAAGAGAACAUACGACUCGUCGAUUGAUCGCCUCGCGACAUUUCACGAUGCUCUUGCGACAAACCUAGAGCUGUUCCAGCGCACUCUCAUAGUGUUCCAACCCGACGAGCGAUCAUCCUUGGCGAUCUACAUACCGAACAAGAUUGAGCGUUCACAAGACUGCGUCAUCGACAACACAGGUCGCCUCUUCGCGUUCCCGCAUUCGCAAGGCCCACAGAGACAGGCUCGUCUGUCGCUACCAACCAAGAUGCAGUACCAACUGUACUGUGAUGGCAACGUCUUCCAGCUCUUCGAAAAACAGCGACGUUUCUCAUGGAUCUUUAUUGCUCGACCUGGAAACAAUGAUGAAGAAUAUCACAAUGUGCAAAAUCGGGGCGACAGGCGGAGAAAGAAACAAGAACUGGAAAGACAGAGACAAUUGUUGAAAUGA